AUGAUCGCGUGUGUGUGUACCCAUCCGCUCGAUCUCGCCAAAGUACGGCUUCAAACCGCCGCCAAACCGGGUCAAGGGUUGGUGCUGAUGGUGUGGCACAUCAUACGUGACGAAGGUUUUUUUAAAAUUUACCUGGGGCUCUCGGCGUCGUUAUUAAGACAAGCGACUUAUAGUACCACCAGAUUCGGGGUAUACGAGUGGCUUAAAGAUGAAUACAUUGCCUAUGCUCAUGCCCAGCCGACGACCAUAGUGCUCUUGCCGAUGCUGAUGACGGCGGGGGCGUUGGGGGGGCUCGUGGGCAAUCCGCUGGACGUGGUCAAUAUCCGCAUGCAGAACGACCGGCUGCUCCCCGCCGACCAACGGCGAAAUUACCGUAAUGUUUUCGAUGGUUUUUAUCGUAUUACCAAGCUGGAAGGCGUGGCGUCGUUGUUCCGAGGGCUCGGCCCCAAUUUGACCCGUGGGGUACUUAUGACGGCAUCGCAAGUGGUCACUUACGAUUUGGCCAAAGACCUUUUGGUGAAAUUGAAGAUGGACCCGGCGAAGAAGAGCACCCACUUUAGUGCCUCGUUGCUUGCCGGGCUCGUGGCCACCACCGUAUGUUCGCCGGCGGAUGUGGUGAAGACGCGGAUCAUGAAUGCUAAAGGGUCCAAAGACUCCGCCGUCCACAUUUUGACGAAUGCAGUGCGGCAAGAGGGUGUCAGCUUUAUGUUUAGAGGGUGGUUGCCGUCGUUUAUCCGGUUGGGACCCCAUACCAUCGUGACGUUUUUGGCAUUGGAACAGUUGAGAAAGUACCGCGUGGGGAUGAGACUGUAA